AUGGAGAUUCCGACGAGGGAGGCUGUGGCGGCAGCAGUUGCACAGAUGAACGCAGCGGAGCUGGUGCAAGAGAUGGAUGAAGGGACCUGCCGAGCCCUGCAGAAGGCGCUCGGCCGGCGGUUGGGCGACGUGCCAGCCGCGCGGGGCUGGUUCGGCUUUUGCGGCGGCGGCGCGAAGAUGGAGGGCAGCUCGUCCAAGAUGGAGGCCAUGCAGGAGCGAAUGGACGCCCUGUUGGCCAGCCACGCGCAAGUGAAGCAGAGUCUCCAGGAGGCGGAAGCAGUCAGAGCAGCUGUCAGGCUGAAAAGCGGAAGCUGGAGAACGAGUUGA